AUGCCAGGCAAAAUUCCUUCAGACUUACCCAUACAUUCAUUUUCGACCGCCCAAGAGCUGGAAGCAUUUCUUGAACGCGAACAUACAACCGCGCCUGGAUUUUACCUGAAACUUGCUAAGAAGGCGUCCGGAAUCCCGUCGGUGUCGGCUUCACAGGCUGUUGAAAGUGCGUUAUGUUUUGGUUGGAUAGACGGUCGUGCCAACGCAAUUGAUAAUGACUGGUGGCUGGUACGAUUCACGCCUCGCCGAGCGAAGAGUGUUUGGUCACAAAAGAAUGCCAAUACAACCAGUCAAUUACAGGAAACUGGUGGAAUACGCCCGGCUGGCUUGGCUGCAGUGGACGCAGCGAAGGCUGAUGGCCGAUGGGAACGUGCUUAUGCUGGUCCGGCCACCAUGAUUAUCCCCACCGUUUUCCAGGCCGCACUGGACACCGCACCUGCCGCUGGGUCCUUCUUUGAAACUUUGAAUAAAACGAACCGCUAUUCUGUAUUAUGGCGCAUCCAAACCACGUCACCUGCAGCAAGGGAAAAGCGAAUUGAGGCUUUGGUCCAGAUGCUGACAGACAAAAAACUACCGACUUCUUUGAACGGGAAACGAAAAAAGGAAGCCGAUGACAGCGACAUACGACAAAAAGCCAAAAAGAACUUCAAAACACGAACUUAA